AUGGUGAAGCUCUUAUUGGGGCUGAGCAUGCUUCUGGCCACACUUAAUAGGGUGCAUCUGACGUCGUAUUAUCCUGGACUUUUAGCAGGCGGUUGCGGUGGUACUAUCAUCACGAAGCGUCACGUCCUCACCGCAGCCCACUGCCUACUGCGUAACAACGUCUACGUGCAGAAGGUCGUUGUUACAUACGGCAGUGUGGAUCGUCGCCGCGGAAAGAAGGUGGAUGCUUCGAAGAUGCUCAUUCACAAGGACUACCACAUGACAAAGCACGUGAACGACAUCGCCCUCCUUGAGGUAAAAUACCCAUUCCAGUUUAGCAAAGAAGUCACGCCUAUCUGCCUCCCAAUGGUUCCCGCGCCGCUUGUCAACAAAGAUGCCGUCGUAGCUGGAUGGGGAUCUCUUUACUACGGUGGACAAGGCGUAGACUUCCUCCGUCACACAACGGUCUCCAUUUACCCUGACGUGAUAUGCUCUUUCAUAUUUUGGAGGCUCGACUACGCGGGAGCCCGCCAAUGCUGUGCCAACAAUAUCGGCAAGGGCGCAUGCAAAGUGUUCCAGGACGUCCCCUUGGGUUUGUUGGACAAUCAGCAGGUGUCCUGCAUAGAGAGCAGCUCGCGCAGUAUACGGUCGAGCCAUGGCGUCGGCUGCUUCGUUCCCAGCUAA